AUGGCUGCAGCCCACCGCGCCGGCACACGACAUGUCAAGCGCGACCAGCAGGCUGGCGUCGCGCUACUAGAUACGGGCGCGGCGUACUUUGCCGAGAUUGAGAUUGGGACACCACCCCAGAAACUCAAGGUCAUGGUUGAUACCGGGUCGUCGUUCCUCUGGGUGCUGGAUGGGUGUAUCGAUCCGUCAGAGUGCGGCAAGAGUCCAAAGUUUAAUCCGGGGGCCUCGAAGUCGCUGUCCCAGACGACGAAACCGUUUCACAUUCCAUACAUGGACGGGUAUACUACAGGGCAUGUGGCUUUCGAUACUGUUACGCUUGCCGGCCAGACUGCCAACCAGGUCAAGUUUGGCUUGUCAGAUAACCUCACCGAGUGGAACAUUGGCGCGGCGGGUCUCCUCGGGAUGGGACCUGGCCCGGACUCGUGGUGGCGCACAGUCGUCAACACCUGGUCCAAACCCUACUUCUCCCUCUUCCUCGACCCAUUCUCCCAGGAUGCCGACAGUUACAACCCGCAGAACGGCGGCGCGCGUCUCAUCCUCGGUGGAACAGACAGUUCAUUAUUCACCGGCAACAUGUCGUGGGUCCCUGCCCAAACCGACUUGUGGUGGGCGGUCGGCCUCGAGUCGGCAACCAUCAAGGGGCAAGACGUCUAUCUGAACGUUGACAAGAAAUAUUGCAUCGGCAACCGAACGAUUGCCAUGUUGGACAGCGGGAGCACGUUUAUGAGCAUUCCUAACGACGCGGCCGAAAUAAUCUACCCUGCGCUCGGGAUGCAGACGAUUGGCGGCUACGACUUCAUACCCUCCGACAACAUGACCGGAUCAGACACGACCGUCAUCUACACCUUUGGCGGGAUAGAGUACCCCGUCGACGGGGUGUGGGGAUGCGACACGGCGGCCGAUAUUGCAAAGGCGUUCGGAUUAUCCGUGCGCGACCUCUCGGGAUCGCCAUACUGGUGUGUACCGAACGUGGUCAUCAACACCGAGCAGUAUUGGGUGUUUGGCGCGCCGUUCCUCCAAACAGUCUACUCGGUGUAUCAGGCCAACCCACCACAGGUCGGAUUCGCAAGAUUGUCCAAGGCAGCAGUGGAUACGGGCAACGGGAAGAACGGGACGACGCACGUCGCUGGUGCGGACAGCAGCGCGCGGAGGAGAGGUGUCGGUCUGGCGGUGAUGGUGGCGGUCGUGGUGAGCGUGCUCACCAGUAUGUAA